AUGGAACUGGUUGGACAUGCUGCAAGUUUGAAUGGGGUUGGAGAUGCUGCACGUUUCGAUGGGGUUGGACAUGCAUCUAAUACCAUACAGCACCACCAUAGACAUGUGUUGCUUGUGGUGGAAAAUGGGCAUGGAUUGAGGGAACUUCCUCAAGGUGUGGUUAUUGCUAAGGAGGAAAGUGUUUUGACUGUGGUUGGAAGAUUAGGGACUGUGGUGAUGGUUGAUAUGAUGGGUUCUGUGAUUCUCAGAUGGGAAACCUUUGCAGUAAUAAUGUUAAGGUUUCAGUUUGGUAGGGGUGCAUGCUUGAUGUUGGCUCUAGAACUGGAUGCUGCCAAGACAUGCAUUGGAGUGUUGGUGUCAGAAUCCACCUUAACAUAUCAAGAUUAUAUUUCAGAUGUUCCAAGUAAAGAGGGUAGCAAAUGGAGUGAAUGGCAGGCACUGCAGGACCUUAAAUCACUUUUUUCAGAAGAGGUUCUUGAUGUUAUUGUAUCCAGAACAAAUGAUAUGGGACCUUUUAGUCUUGACAACUUCAGAAAGAAUUUGUCUGCUUCAUGGAAAGUUGUUGGAUUAGAAAAUUCAAACACUGGACAUGAGCUAAACCAAUCAACACAUGUUAGACAAGAAAAGCCAAAGGUGAAGGAAGGAAGAUCUUCAGAUGGUGCUAUAUGGACUGAUAGUCUUGCUCAUGAAACCCGAAGGCACUUAAUAGAGAAAAGACGGGAAAAACGUGCCGCUGAGUUGGUAAAAAAGGACAAUGAAGGAACUGUAAAACUUGAAAAUUUAGCUAUUGAACGCUCAAAAUCUGUUGACUCAGCCAUUCUGGGUAAAUACAGCCUUUGGAGGAAAGAAAUUGAUAACGAAAAUGGUGAUUCUACUGUUCGGUUGAUGCGAGACCAGAUCAUUAUGGCUAGGGUAUAUUUAAGCAUUGCAAAGAUGAAGAACAAGGUCGAACUGUAUCAAGAACUAAUUUUCCACCUCAAAGAGAGCCAACGUGCCUUAGGUGAUUUAGUUUCUGAUGCGGAUCUACAUCACAGUGCACAUGGGAAAAUAAAGGCUAUGGGUCGAGUUUUGUCAAAAGCAAGGGAGCUAUUGCAUGACUGCAAAUUGGUCACUGGAAAACUAAGAGCAAUGCUACAGACAGCUGAUGAUCAAGUUAGGAGUUUGAAGAAACAGAGCACAUUCCUCAGUCAGUUGGCUGCCAAGACCAUACCAAAUGGAAUCCAUUGCUUAUCCAUGCGCCUCACCAUAGAUUACUACCUUCUUCCUCCUGGAAAGAGAAAGUUCCCUAGGAGUGAGAAUUUGGAGGAUCCCAGCCUUUAUCACUAUGCACUUUUUUCAGACAAUGUCUUGGCUGCAUCUGUUGUUGUCAACUCAACUAUUACAAAUGCAAAGGAUCCUUCGAAGCAUGUUUUUCACCUUGUUACUGAUAAGCUAAAUUUUGGUGCCAUGAACAUGUGGUUUCUAUCGAACCCUCCCGGAAAGGCUACAAUCCAUGUUGAAAAUGUUGAUGAGUUUAAGUGGCUGAACUCGUCCUACUGCCCAGUCUUGCGGCAGCUUGAAUCUUCUACAAUGAAAGAGUUUUAUUUCAAGGCAGGCCAUCCAAACACACUUUCUUUCGGUGCUUCCAGUCUGAAGUAUAGGAAUCCAAAAUAUCUCUCAAUGCUCAACCAUCUGAGAUUCUAUCUUCCCGAGGUUUAUCCAAAGUUAGAUAAAAUCCUAUUUCUUGAUGAUGACAUUGUUGUUCAGAAGGAUUUGACUGGCCUAUGGGCUGUGGAUCUCAAUGGGAAGGUAAAUGGUGCUGUUGAAACGUGUGGUAAGAGCUUUCACCGAUUUGACACGUACCUUAACUUUUCAAAUCCGCAUAUUGCAAGAAAUUUUGAUCCACAAGCCUGUGGUUGGGCAUAUGGGAUGAACAUAUUUGAUUUGAAGGAGUGGAAAAAGAAGGAUAUCACCGGAAUAUAUCACAAGUGGCAGAAUAUGAAUGAAGACAGGGUGCUGUGGAAGCUGGGGACAUUACCUCCGGGGCUAAUGACGUUUUAUGGGCUGACACAUCCUCUAGAUAAAUCAUGGCAUGUACUAGGUUUGGGUUAUAAUCCAAGUGUGGACCGAUCAGAGAUUGAUAAUGCAGCAGUGGUACACUACAAUGGUAAUAUGAAGCCAUGGUUAGAAAUUGCCAUGACAAAGUAUCGGUCUUACUGGAUCAAAUAUGUCAAGUACAAUCAUCCCUAUCUUCGGACCUGUAAGCUAAAUGAAUAA